AAAAUGGACCGAUGAGGAGAUAAAUAUGCUACAUUCAUCAAUAAUACGUUUCUCAGAUGAUUUGAAUAAAAUUAGCUUAAGCAUUAAAAAUCGGACUGUCUCUCAAAUACGACAAGCGCUUAAGAAGAAAGCUUUCGAAGAUGCAGGAAUACCUGCAAAGCAGGUGCCUGUACAGCAAGUGCAACAUGUCAUCCAAGCCGUGCAACAAGUGCCCACACAACAGACACACGUCGUCAAGCAGCAAACAAUACAAUUGAAUGCAAUGCAUCAACAACAACAGCAGCACGACACUGCUAAUGUUAUAGUACAGCAACAACCACAGUUAGUAACCACACAGCAACAGCAGCAGCAAACGCAAUCAACAACACCGCAAACAGUGCAUAUACAACACGUGCAACGUAUAUUGCCGGUGCAAACAACACGAGUGUCACAGCAUCAUCAGCAACAACAACAUACACAACCAACACUUACCGCGCCACAGUCGUUGCAAACAUCACCAAAACAGAUUAUCAUACAGCAAACUAGCGCCGCAACACAAAUCAUUCAACAACCACAUACGACCACAGUAACGUUGCAGCAAUUUCAACAAAUGCAACAGCAGAAAGCAUUGCUAGCUGCUUCGGCGGCACCUACAGUGGCUACGGUCACCGAAAACGUCGUCUUACAAACGGCAUCACAGCCGGUGGUGCAGUCGGCGCAGCCGCAGCCGCAACCACAGCCGCAGCCGCAGCAAACAACGACUCAACAAGCUUUAGUGGUGGCCAGCAGCGCUGCUUCCAUAACAGCUGUUGCGCCAACCACAGUGAUGGUCCCCGCCGCCACGGGGGUAGCGCAGUCGGGGUCAAGUGGGGUGGCAGUAACGACUACUGCACCGCAAACAAAGUCUAUAACUCUGAAAUCAGGUCCAGAUGUAAUGAUGACGUUAAAUCGUAUCAACACACAGGAGCACGAGGAAGAGGGUCUGCCAGCUGAUGUGGUCAAAUUGGACUUUUCGAGCGAAGAAGUAACCGGAUGAAGUCUGGAGAAUGCGGCGGUCGGUGAUGGUGGUGCAGGCGGCAGCAGCGGCAAUGGCGAUAACGUGGAAUGUGUAACGGUCGAGGAUGACGAAUAUUAUUUUUUCAAUUCAAAGAAUUAAAUAGAUUUAGUAGAAAAUAUUGAGUUUAUCACAAGUAACAAAGUGGUUUGAAAAUUGCGUUUCUAAUUUUGUAAAGACAAUUUAAGUAAAAAUAGAAUUUAUGUAGAAAAGCGGCAAAAUACAUAUUAAGCAGAUAUGGAAGGUGGUAGGUUGUGCUGCAACUGCUUGCCCGAACUUGAAUGUAAUUUUUUGGAUUUGGAAUAUUGGCACAUACAAUUUGAUAAGAUUUUAAAUAACACUUAAGUUUCUCAUUCUGAAAUUCGCCUAGUACAUAAUAACCGAUAUACAUAAAAUAUAUUUAACAUUUUGCAUGAACUUGCGCCGUCAGAGGACAUUUGAACAAAAAAAUUCUAAAGAUCACAUGCUGUGCCAAUAAAAGAAAACUAUAUUAUCUAGAUAACAUUGCAAUUUAGUUAAAUUAAUUGUUUGCACAUUUAUUCUCAUUUUUCUCGACACUACUAUAAGUACCUUCGAGUAUUGUUUUCAUUUCCGUUUUUUUUUAUCUUUCUUUGGAACGGCAAUUAUGUACAAAAUGAUUGAGUCAUAUAAGCUUAAAGAAGGGAGAGUUCUUAUAUAUGUACACUCUAAUGUAUGUAAAAAUUGAUAGAAGUUAAUAAAUACAAAAAUAACGUAAAUAUUGGCAUUGUUGAAGGUACUACAUUUUAAGCUACUUUACUUAAAAUAAAUUUAUUACUUUUGUAUAAAACAAACGAUGAAACAUCAAUAUCGAUUAAGUUAAAAAAAAAACGAAAUGCAACGAAUUGAUUUUUCGAAUAGAAACCGA